CACCUCCCGGCUGCGGAUUCUAUUAAUAUCAAAUGAGCGAUCGCGCUAAUCGCUGGACGAUGCCUUGUCCUUCCCUCCACCAUUAAAGACAGGUUGGUCGCUCAAGAAAGGAGGAGAGGAGAGAAGGAAGGAAGGUAGAGAGGGGGGCCCGAGGAGAGAUGGUGGUCAAGAAGGUGAUGAGCUUCUCCCCUUGGGCACCUACGGCGCCGACGAAGGCGAAGAGGAGGAGGAAGUGCAAGGUCACCGUGAAGGUGGUGGGUCUCGAGGGGCUCCUGCCGCUACCGGGGGUGGCGGCGGUCGAGGUCGGCUGGCGGCGGCCGCCCAAAGUCGGGGCGCUUUCGUAUCUCGUGGGAAGGAAGAGGCCGGCCCGAAGCGUGUCUUCCCGUAGGCCGGUGGAGGAUGGCUGGGCGGUCCGGUGGGACGACGAUGACGAGUCGAGCCGGUUCGAGACCGUGUGUCGGCUUUGUGACCCGAAUUCGGUCUCGGGUCCUGCCCAUGAUGUUUCCUUUUCCGUCCUAUACGGAUCUGGUGAAGAGGAAGGAAGCAAGACGAACAAAUUGGAAAGGAUAGGGACGACAAAUGCAAGCUUAGCUGAAUGGGCUAAGGAAUCCCAAUCCCAUAAAGAGAGUGGAGGAGCAGAAAAGGGAUUCAAUCAGCAGCUUCCUAUCACCUUAAGGAAAGAAGGAUCGACAAGCUACGGAGUGCUACAUGUCACUGUCAGCUUCACAGAGGUAAGGACUUCUGGAGUAACAAAGGGAGCAUCACUCGGUGAAGACAGGAUUAUGUUAGAGCAGAAGGGCAGCCAACAAGUGAAAUCUGAUGAUCCAGGAAGCUUUGACAAAGAAAAUAUGGUUCUUGAUCACCUUUUUCGGCUACAAGAUGAAGAAGAUAUCUUGGAAGACAACAGUGUUCAGAAUCACAAUGCCAGCAGCAGCAUCAGCAGCAACAGUUGCCAAUCGAGUCCAGGCUCAGAAUCAACUUCGAAGGGCUGGUUCUGCUGGAGCAAGAGGAGCUGCAAAACUCCUGAUCUCAAGGAGGGAGAAAGAAGGAAGAUGUCCUCUUGUGAAGACAUUUCUUCUGAGCACAAAAAGAAGGAAUCACUAGAUUCUGAUGAAGAUGAUGAUCCAAAAGGCAGUUGGAGAAGCAAAGAAUUCAUCAGCAGGGACAAGCAAACAAAGAUCAAAAUCCAGACCUUCUUUGCUUCCAUCGAUCAGCGAGAUCCUAGUGCAGGUGGAGAGAGUGCUUGCACAGCCAUAGUUGCGGUACUCGCAAACGCACUCCAUAACAAUGAGCUGAAUACACCAACGAGAUCAGAGUUUGAUACACUCAUCAGAGAAGGCUCGUCGGAGUGGCAAAAGCUAUGCAACAACACAUCAUACAUCGAUCGGUUUCCUGACAAGCACUUCGACCUUGAUACGAUACUGGAAGCAAAAUUGAGGCCUGUAUCAGUAUUACCUGACAAAUCUUUCAUAGGGUUCUUUCAACCAGAGUGCUUCAAAUCGUUGCAUGGGGCAAUGUCAUUUGAUGACAUAUGGCAUGAGAUAACUAGUGACAUCGUAGGAGACAGUAAGGUCUUCGUCGUAAGUUGGAAUGAUCACUUCUUCAUGCUGAAGAUGGAAGCAAAUGCAUACUAUGUCAUGGAUACACUGGGAGAGAGAUUGUAUGAAGGAUGCAAGAAAGCCUAUAUCCUCAGGUUUGAUGACUCCACAGAGAUGUUCAGGCACCAAGAAAACAAGGGAAUUGAUGAUUGUGAUGAGCUCAUUUGCAGAGGGAAGGAAUGUUGCAGAGAGUUCAUAAAUAGAUUCUUAGCUGCUAUACCAUUGCAGGAGGAGUUGAUGUUGGAAAAGAAGGGAAUCGAGACCAACACAGCGCUCCACCAGAGAUUGCAGAUUGAGUUCCAUUUGACACAGGCUUCAGCUGACACUAGCAAUGAUGAUUCCUAGGACAACACUUGGAAAAAUAACAGUGACUUGAAUAGCUAAAGCAAUGACACCAUGAACAAGACCUGGAGAAGCAAUGGCAGUUGCAGUGAUGACAGCAUUUGGACCGACAGCAUCAGCUAUGCUAGUGACAUAGAUCACAAGAAUCUGUGAUGGUUGAGCUAUAUAAGCUUUAUAUGAUACAACUAAGAAGAAUGAUGGAAUAUCGAGUUCUCUGAAUAAUGUCCACAAGAGCUGCAGAGUGGUGUGAAUUGGCCACUUGCACCAGCAAUUUCCCGGUUUCGCAUCCAAAUCUCCCAACUGAUAAAACCUGAGCAGAAAAUUUCGUCAUGAGCCAAGAUAUAAUCAAGAAAAGAACAUGAUAAGGAACACUGGCAAGUUCUCCUCCCUGACUAUUAACCAAGUGGGAAAUUUAUGGUGGAUUCGAUAUCCAGUCCUAAGAUACAAUUGCACAAGCCAUAAAGUAGAUCGAGACAUAUAAUACAACUGUUGGUUGUUGGCAAAGAUCAUUUACAGUACUUGUAAGUCCAAUUACAGGCAUCCUUUAGCUGGAAUUUCUUCGUGCAGCUCGGUUGUGUAGUAUCAGAAAAUGCUCAGAAGUGAACAAGGGUUGCUCUUUAAGUUGCUACUCUGAGUUUGUAGCUAUUUGAAUUAGUUUGAUAUAUCGAGCAACCGAUAUGGUAAUGGCAAAUUUGAAAGAGAUAUCUUAUCUACCAUAUGUAGAUCAAAUGAUGGUAUCCUUUGAUAUUUCCCCCCUUUGGAAGCAAAGAAAUCCCUUCUGUAUAAUGUGCUGUGUGGUAACAUGGCAAACAUAUAAUGAUAAUGUGAAAAACUUCAGUUCUGCAAUGCAAA